AUGAAGCCACGACAACAACCAGAAGAGCCGGAGAGUCCAGAGAUCCCCGCGUCUACAAGCGGGCCGCGGGGCGAGGUGCUCGCGCAGUACGUCGUGCAGUGGACGGACUUCCACCCCCUGGAGGACCACAACAGCCUUCUCUCGCGAGCGUUGGGCGGGUUCGACCGUUGCGGCUCGGGGGGCUGCGAAGCCUCUGACGUUCAUGGUAGCAGCGACGCUCGAGCGCGUGACAGCGUCGAUGCCAGCAGCACCAGCACCAGCACCAGGAGCGGCCGCGAAGAAGACGAGCGAAGGAGGAGCAGCGGCAACGGCAAUGAUGAGGUCGACAACAACGGCGGCGGCGACCCUAGUUCCUGCGGGUGCUGCUGGGAGUUGGUGGAGAGGGUCAACCCGGCCACCUCCAGCGGAAAAUUCCCGAGCGACUUCUCCCUGGUCCGGUUGCGAUAUCAGGCGACAGAAGCCUCUGACGUGGACCUCGCCCACCUCUCCAAAAUCGACCGAACCUCACCUCUAGAGGACAAUCCUGCACAACCCGAGCAUGAGGAGGAGCAGGCAAAAUGUCGGGUGGGAGGGGGCCAGGAUGGAGGAAAUCGAGACGCCUGUCCCGGUGCGAGAGUGGGAGAUCGAGCGGCGGGUAUCCCUGGGAACGCCUGCGAGGAGGGGAGGUACAGGGGGGUUCCGUGCGUGCGGGCAGCGGCGGAGGAGGCGGUUGGGGCUCUCCGGGCUCACCGUUGGGUAAAAGGCGUCUUCCGAGAAAAGGCUCUCACGCGGGGGGUCUUCGCCGCCCGAGACGUCGACCCUCCGAGGGAGCAACUCUUCUCGAGCCCCGUGGGUCAAGACGGCGGGGACAUCGACAACGGAAGCAAGAAAACUCCCCUUUCCCCGUCGGACCCAAACGCCGCCACUGAAGGGCAGGGCGACCGUUCCGGCCCUUCCUUGCGCUCAUACAAGGGCGGUGAGCCGAGAGAGCCUCUCGGCGGGGCCGCAAUCGCCGACUCAGGCGGGGAAAUAGAGGCGAACGGACACAUCACCAUGACCGUUGGAGGAACCGCUGAUUCGAAACGGCGGGGGGAACGGUGCCCGGGCGCUGAAGGAGAAAGAGGGGCCCGGCGACAGCUGGAUGGGGGAACGGCGCUAGCGGCAGCGGGGGGGGAGGGGAGGCUGAGGGGGUCUUCGCGGGGGGAGUUCGUGGACGCUGGCGAGCAGGGGAAGCCGCUUCGUGACCACGGUUUCACGGGAAAGGGCAUCCGGGUUGCGAUCUUCGACACGGGCCUUGAGGCAGGAGGGCACGACUUCGACAACGUAGUGGAGCAGAUCAAUUGGACCAACGAGCCGACGCUGAAGGAUACAGUGGGGCACGGAACCCACGUCGCGGGCGUCAUUGGUGGGAGGGAUCAAGGGUGCUCCGGAUUCGCACCCGACGCUGACCUGUACAUUUUUCGAGUGUUCUCCGGCGAGCAGGUCUCGUACACCUCCUGGUUCCUAGACGCGUUCAACUACGCCCUCUUCCUGGGUGUCGAUAUAGUCAACCUGAGCAUCGGUGGUCCGGACUUCAAGGAUCAGCCCUUCGUGGACAAGGUUCGAGAGCUGUCUGCCAACGGCGUUGUCGUGUUUUCGGCCGUGGGGAACGACGGGCCUCUCUACGGGACUCAGCACAACCCGGCGGAUCAAAUGGACACGAUCGGAGUCGGGGCUGUGUCGGCCAGCGGGCGGGGGGUCGCGAGCUUCCAAUCGAGAGGGAUGACCACGUGGGAAUUACCGGGAGGAUACGGCCGCGUGAAGCCAGACCUCGUGGCCGUCGGACAGUUCGUCCUGGGGCCCAAAGCGGGCGGCCCGUUGGGACAGUGCAGCGGGAUCUCGGGGACAUCGGUGGCUUGUCCCGUUGUGGCCGGCGCGGCCGCCCUGUUGGCCAGCACGGUCCCGCCGGACCGGAGGCGCGACAUCGUCAAUCCCGCCAGCAUCAAGCAGGUGCUGACCGAGUCGGCGCGCAGGGUCAAGGAAGCAGGCGUGUUCGAGCAGGGGGCGGGGGCUCUGGACGUGGCGGCGGCGUUCGUGCUUCUCAGCCGUUACACGCCAAGGGCGUCGCUCCUGCCGCCGCAGCUGGACCUCACGGACCCUUACAUGUGGCCGUUCAGCCGCCAGCCGCUGUACUACGGAGCGCAGCCGGUGGUCUUCAACGUCACCGUGGCCAACGGAAUGGGCGUCACCGGCCACAUCACGAGCUUGUCGUGGGCGGAGGAGCGCACCUCCCAGAGGGCAGCAGGGAGGGACGGGGACGUGUUGGACGUGAAGGCGGAGUUUUCGGACGUGCUCUGGCCGUGGUCUGGCUUCCUCGCCCUCUCCCUGACCGUGUCAGAGUCCGGCCGGGACUUCCAGGGCCUCGUGCUCGGCAAGCUAGAGGUGACGGUGGAGUCCGAGGCGGGGCCUGGCGAGACGCAACCCCGUACCACGAACGCCGUCCUGCCGGUAACGGUUAGCGUUAUCCGCACGCCGCCCAGGCACCGCAGGCUGCUCUGGGACCAGUUCCACAGCGUCCCUUACCCUCCGGCCUACUUUCCGAGGGACUACCUAGGCGACGAUGCCGACAUGCUGGACCGGCUGGGAGACCACCCCCACACCAACUUCCGGACCCUGUUCGAAGCCCUGUUAGACGCGGGCUACUACGUGGAGAUCCUUGGAUCCGACUGGUCCUGCUUCGAUGCUGAGAGCUACGGAGCGCUGCUUGUGGUGGAUCCAGAGGCCGAGCUGGGGCAAGACGAAAAGGCCAAGCUCGAGAUGGACGUGAACCAGAGAGGCCUGUCGGUGGUGGUGUUUGCCGAUUGGUACAGCACGGAUGUGAUGUCCAAGGUCCGCUUUGUGGACGACAAUACGCGCAUGCCGUGGGAACCGGUGACGGGCGGUUCGAACGUUCCGGCGAUCAACGACUUCCUUCUUCCCGCCUUCGGGAUGGCGCUGGGCGGGACUGUAUUUGACGGGGUGGUUAGCCUGCCUGGAGGAGAGCUGCAUCUGGCAUCCGGGAACGCGGUUUCAAGAAUGCCCCCCGGCAGCCUUUUGGUUUCAGCCUCGUCCUUAAGAGGCAUUGCGUUGCGAGGGGGAGGUGGAUAUUUAUCCCCGGGGGUGCUUCACAUGGACGUGCCGGUCAUUGGCGCCUUCGACACAAAGAGUGGCGACAGUCCAGAAGGCUCGAGAGGCAGGGUGUUCCUCUUCGGGGACUCGAGUUGUGCCGACGAUGCCGCGUUGAGCAGGGUGGGGGGCUCCGGCAGCGGCCAUGCCAACGGCGGUCUAGGAGGCGGCAGCGACUGCCUGUGGCUCUUCGAGUCGGCGGUUCGAUACGCUUGCGAGAUCUAUUUGCCGUUCAACAAGGUUUGCGUAUGGGAAUGGUUAUAUUGA